CACGCUCACAUUCUUGCUAGCUCACUCCUCUCCUCCUCGUCUACCUUACCUAGCAGCAGCAGCUAGCUAGCUUAAUUAGCUAUAGCAGCCAUGGCGGCGACGGCACUGAGCAGCCAGGUCCGGUUGCCGAUGUCCCUGCGGGUGGCGACGGCGCCGGCGCCGGCGCGCGUGUCGGUGCUGCCGGCGAGCAACAAGCUGGGAGACAGGCUGCGGAUGCAGGCGACGUACAACGUGAAGCUGAUCACACCGGACGGCGAGGUGGAGCUGCAGGUGCCGGACGACGUGUACAUCCUGGACCAGGCGGAGGAGGAAGGGAUCGACCUGCCUUACUCCUGCCGCGCGGGCUCCUGCUCCUCCUGCGCCGGCAAGGUGGUCUCCGGCGAGAUCGACCAGUCCGACCAGAGCUUCCUCGACGACGACCAGGUUGCCGCCGGCUGGGUCCUCACCUGCCACGCCUACCCCAAGUCCGACGUCGUCAUCGAGACCCACAAGGAGGACGACCUCAUCUAAUCAAUCAAGCAAGCUCCAUAUUUAUAAAUCUCUCGAUCCAUCUCCAUGCGUUCUUGAGUUUAUCAAUUAAGAAUAUAAUGUCGUCGUCCCUAUGCUAUGCAAGCAAAGUAUUACGUACGUAUAUGUUGAGCGAGAUAACAAAACACAGGCGUGCCCGAGGGUUAAUUGUUGUUGUUUAAUUAAUGUACGUUUUGCUGCACCUGCUUAAUCAUAUCCAUAUCACAUUUUGGUGUCAUAUAUGCAUGCAUUACUGUGUCAUAUAUACUACUGUCAAAUACGUACUCCAUGUAUUUGAAAGAACAGUUAAUUAAUAAGCUAUAUAUCCUAGUUCUACUCU